AUGGCUUCAGAGCAGAAAGCGGACUUGAAAUCUGCAGAUGUCUGUCUACCUUCGAUAUCAGGGUCUGCCCCUGAGCUAGACGAAGCAAAUUCCGCUGCCACCGCCUCAACGCCUUCAGGCACUUCGACUGCAGUCCCUGAACUUACUCCACAGCAGGAAAAGAAGAUUGGCUGUGUUCCUAAUGGCAUUCGCAGCUCAACCUAUCCCAAAACUAGCUCACCGCCAGAUCCGGCAACUAUUGUGAAGCGCCACAUUCGCCUGCUCCACGAAUACAAUGAAAUCAAGGACAUUGGGCAAGGCUUGCUGGGGCUGAUUGCUGAACGGAGAGCCGUGAGAUAUGUUGAUGUACAAAAGGAGUUUGGUGUGGGUGGAAAUGAUUGA